GCGACACAUUAGUUACAGAUCCCGCAAUUUAAAGAAUUUGACGUUUCUUGAAAUGUUAUGAUCGUUGGAUUUUGAUUGUUGACUCAUUUAUAAAAAUAAUCCUUUCUGUUUGGAAUUAUUAUUCUUCUUUGGCUUAAAAUAAUUGUUUUUUAAGUGGUUUUUAUUUAAAAAUAAGUGUCUUUGUGUUGGUUACAAUGUUUGGAAAGAAAAAAGCAGAUCGCCCAAAGCGAGAUCAUUCUGGAAAAAACCUUUCCCAAUAUGGUUUAUUUGACAUGACAAAUGAUGGAGGCAUGGACAUGGACGAUGAAGGCAAUGACAGUGAUUUGGAGGCUGAAUUAGCAGCUCUUAGUGGCGGGGGUGGUGCAAAACCCAAAAGACCUCAAAGAAAAAAGGCUCUGCCGCAAACAGAUUUAAAUGCCAUGGUGGCACAAAGCAUUAGAGAUAUACCAUCAGAUGAAGAGCUGUCUGGUGAUGAUGAUGAUCCUGAUUUGCUCAACGAAUUGCAGGAUUUGGCAGGUGGGGAGGUUAAUUUAGAAGAAGCCACACCAGAGGUUAGCCCUGAAUAUGCAAAACCUGCACUAAGUGAUUCAGUUAGUGUUUUAAGUAUUCUGGAAGCAAGGUUGAAAAUGUAUGAAGAAGCUGAGGCUAGUGCUAAAGAAGCUGGUGAAAUUAGUAAAGCUAGAAGAUAUGGAAGGGCUCUAAAAACAAUUAAGGAUCUCACUAAACAAGCUAAAGCUGGUAGCCCAGUUAAUAAUGAUGAUAUACCACCAGAAGUGCAUUUUUCUGUUAGAAAACCCAUACCAGCUGAAGGUGAUGAAACUUCCCCAGCAACUAGUCCCAUUGACUCAAAUCCUCCACUGGCACAUGUAGAACCAUCUCCAGAAGCAACUGAACCCCCUGUCCCCCAAAUAACAAAGGAAAUAAACACUGAACUUCUAGAACUCCUAAACGACAGAAAACUUCAAUACAAAAAAGCUGCACUGAACGCUAAAAAAACCGGCGACGCUCAAACGGCCAUGAAAUACAUAAAAACAGCCAAGCAAUUUGACUCGGUGAUAGCUGCAGUCGAAGCUGGGCAACCUGUUGAUCUGUCAAAAAUGCCAGGGCCACCUGGUGAAGCUGCAGCAGAAGCUGUGGAAGAGAAUAGGGUUCAAAGGCAAAGUCCUCCAGAUAUUCCAGGUGUAGAUGAAGCUGCAGCUGAGCCCUUGCCUGAGCCUACUUUGAUUGUUGCGUCUUCUGUUUUGGAAGCUUUGGAACAAAGGUUGGCUGUUUAUAAAGAACAGGAAAAUAAGGCUAAACAAGAAGAAAAUUCCGGCAAGGCUCGUAGAUAUGGUAGAAUUGUUAAACAAUUUGAAACUGCCAUAAAACAGCACAAGGCUGGUAAACCAGUAGAAUAUGAAGAACUUCCAACUCCUCCAGGUUAUGGUCCAAUUCCUGUUGGAGGCGCAGCAGCAACCCCCAAAUCAUCUCCCCCCGCAGUCACCCCCACAAAACCAGCAGUGUCGCCAAGUCCCACAGGAGUGGCCAGACAAUCAGGCAAUCACGUGGCUACAUCAAGAGCUGAAAAGCAAGUCGCCAUUUUAUUGGCCAAACAAAAGCAGUUUAAGGAAGCUGCUCUUAAAGCUAAGCAAAAAGGUGAAAUUCCACAAGCUAAGGAAUAUUUACGCCAAGCCAAAGGGUUUGACAAACUUUUGGAAGCUGCAAGAGCAGGUCUACCUGUUGAUUUUUCCUCAAUACCUGUAUCUCCAGAAGCUAAAUCUCAACUGGACAAUGAAUAUGACAUUGUAAUGUCCGGUGAAUGUAAUGACGACGAUUCCGGCGAUGUAGACAUGAUGACGCGAUUGGAAACUCAGUUAUCAAAACAGUUGAAAAUGUGUUUGAGCACAAGAGAUCACCACAAAGCUCUGGGGGAUGUUGCGGGAACUAACAGAUUUGAAAGGUUAGCAUUAAAUGUUACAAAAGACCUGGACAUAGUUCGGCUAUCGCGCAGAACACCCGGCUCAAAAGUGCCAAAAUUCCACUACGAAACCAAAGAUUUCUCGAUCGUAAAAAGUUUCACGGAACUAACGGACAAUGACUUGGAAUUAUUAAUUGUCAGAGGCAUCAACUAUUCAUCGGAAAACCCCAAGGACAUUGACACUUACGUUAAAUUCACCUUCCCAUUUCCUCAGGAAACUCCAUAUUAUGAUUUAACCGCAACCGUAAAAGAUACAAAUAACCCGGAUUACAACGCAACUUUUACCAUUCCAAUUCAAAGGACUUCAAGGGCGUGCCAGAGGGUUUUCAAAAGGCACGCUAUUAAAUUUGAAGUGUACUCCAAAAGCUGCUGCGCUGGCAUCAUGUGCGAAUGUUUCAGUGGAUGGUUCAGAAGCGAUACCCUCCUCGGAACCGUCAACGUCAAACUGCAACCCCUGGAGACUCAAUGCGAACUACACGAAAGUUUCGACCUUUUGGAAGGGAGGAAAAAAGUUGGUGGAAAGCUUGAAGUACGUCUUAGAUUACGCCAUCCAAUAGUAACGCAACAGGUUGAACAGCUUCAUGAAAAAUGGUUGGUUAUUGACCAGUGAUUUUAAUAUAAACAUUUAAGUAUUUAAGCCUACAAAAAUAUGUUAUUAGUUUAUUAAUAUUAGAACUUGGUAGUGUAAACUAUAGAAAAAGAUAAAACUGCCAGAGCUGAUUUAAAAUUAAAUAUGGCUGGAAAAGGAAACUAAGUAAAUAUGUGAUGCAUAGCUUUAAAGUUUGCUAGGCAAUGAUUUUAAUCAAAAUACGAUUAAAUUUUACAAGGUUCAUGUUUUUUCUGUAUAUAUGUUAACCAGUAGAUGAUGUAAACUUUUUUAUAUAUUCUGUUUGUUUUAGUUGCAAAGCCUAUAAAUUAUACCUAUUUUAUUGUUAAAUAAAUACCAUGAUAUUUUU